AUGAGUGGUGUGGCACACAGCGUGGGGACGGUGGCGCAGCUGUACGGCUUGGGGGUGAUGGUGGCCCGGGCGAGCAAGCAGGCUACGGUCACCAGCAGCAGCAAGAGCAGGUGUGUGCGCAAGGCACCGAGCAAUCUCCGUCCUGCUAAGCGACCAAUGAAGUCGACGGAGUCUGCUCCGAAGUCUAGUCGCUCAGCUGCCAAGGCGCCGAAGAAGAAGACGAAGAAGCAGCUGAACGAGGAAGCCAUGCAGCGGCGCCGAGAGCUCGCCGCCUUCGAUAAAGUAUGGGCCACCACAACAGCACCGAGCCGCCAUCGACAACGCCAACGCCUCAGCAUGCUGCUUCAGGUGCCGCUUCAGAAGCUGACCAAACCACCAGCAACACAAACAUGGAUGAACUAUAAUGCCGACACGGACGCCACAGCCCAUACUAUUGCUGACGCGAACGCUACAACCGUGGCCGCGAAUGCUGACAAGGAAGCUAGCCCCGCUUCUAAUGCUGACGCGAAUGGUACAACCGUGGCCGCGAAUGCUGACAUGAAAGUUGGUUCUAUUCCAUCGACAGCGACAAACGCAGACGCGGAGGGGCUGCAUGACGAAAGUGCCGGCAACCUUAGCGACGCCAGCGAGGGAGAGGUGACGGCAGAUCCUCAGGACGAAGCCUACGAUCCCGACGAAGACGAUGACGAUGACGCCGGUAAUUCUGCCAGCCGUGCAAGUGAUGGAGAAACAAAGGAUGCCGACGCGCACGUCGUUUGUGACGAUACCACGCGGCGUGUUCUGCGAGAUCAAAGCGGGACGGCUCCGCUACGCUUUGACUACACUGAUGUCUUGGACCCCAACUUGGUCGAGCCCAGUGGCGACAACGCGCUCGACUCGGACGGAGAGGGUGAUGAAGACUCCGCCGAGGCUUCCAGUGAUGUUAGCGAUGUGGCGUCUGGUGACACAAGUGAUCCAUGCAAAACAGACUGUUUGCAACGCGAAGUGAGUCGUCUGAAGGCGCUAAUGAGUAGUGAAGAACUCGAGCGUUUGCACAUGACCAUUCAAGAGUCAUCCGAAGUCUACAACGACGCUCAACUCGACGCAAUGAAGCUUUCCGCCUGGGAGGCAUUGGAAGACAACAUAAUUCCUGAUAUUACAGACGAUCCCAUCGUCGACAAGAUGUACGACGGCUACUGCGGACCAUCCCGCAACAUCACGGAGGCGUCGAAGUCGCCACUCAAGCUCUUCUACUACUUGCUACCGAAAACCUUGUGGAGGAAGGUUGCAGCGCAGACGAACCUGUACUGGAGGCAAACAUUUGAGGCACGGCUGCGGAAGGCGGAAGAGAAGGAGCAAUUGGUGACGAAUCGGCGCUAG